AUGUGGACAAAGAAAAGGCGGAGAAUGCAUGCGAGUGAGAUGCGAAUCCGGGACCGGAGGAACAAGUCCGAUUCGGGAUUCGGGCCGAAUAAAGAACAAGUUUACACUGAAGCAAUCGCGGUUGGGUGCUUGUCCACUGGAUGCCAGUGUCAUCAUUACCAGCCGUCUACAAAUAAUCUGCGACAGUGUUCAGAAUGCUCGCACACGUGGGUCAUGCAUGUUGUGGCCAAAAUGUCCAACUAUCCGGUCUGUAUUGAUUCCAGUUCGGCCGGUACGGCUUGCAUGUUCAGUGCCACGUUCGAAUUGAUGAGCAUGACCUUGUUCGGCUGUCACGCUAUCCCGAUUCGUAUCAAAAUUCUGUUGGAUCGGCUUCUAUCUGCUCAAUUGUUGCAGGCCGAUGUGGUGCGUUUACUGUUGACUUUUGGGUGGACAUUUCAAGACUAUAGCCGAGGAUAUAUGCUUACGAAUAACAAUGGACAGAUUCGUGACCGCUGGGAAAUAUGCGGACUGGAAGAAGAACGUCUGAUUGUGCAACAGUUCCUUCGCUUUCCCGAAACCCGAACACUGGCACAGGUAAUGCUCACCGGGUUCAACUGCAUCUGUGGCCGACUGAUGGACUCUUCCAACAACUCAACUAUACCAAUAUGUCCCAUGAAUCCAUCCACCUCACCAAUAAAGACCACCGUAACUUCGACCGGUUCGCAUCCGCCUAGUAAACUAACCUCAUGUCAAAGUCCCCGAACGAAAGAUAUAAAGCCGGAAAUGGACAUGAAGUCAAUGAUAUUCUCGGGAGCUAAUAUGUCUUCCCCAACCACUAUUGGUUCUCUCACGAUGUCUUCCCUGUCUGGAAGUUCAUCUUCAUCCACAUCGCCGUCUAAUGACGCCUCGAAAAGGAACGGUUCACAUGUGAUCGAAACUGCAGGACAAACACAAAGAAGUUCAGACCCAGUUGGCACCCCAAGUCCUCAGUUGAGAGAAAGACGUGAGUUGGAUUGUGCAGCAGUAACACCUUCCACGACCUGCACUAUCGGUCCAAAUGCUAUGGUUACCACCACCACUACUACCACUAUAGGCAGUGGUAAUAACAUGACUAACGCGGAAUCACGUGAUAUCAAACCGGGUCAUUUGCAAACCGCAUUUGAGAAGCUAAAUCAUUCCAAUCCGUUUGUCGCAGCCAUGGCAGCAGCUGCUUUGGCGGGUUUUCCCUGUCUCAGUCCGAGUCUAAGUGCUGGAGGGUUGUCUACAUUCAUCAAUUCAAGUUUCCCGGAUAAAAGCGGUCUCGGAUUGCGUAAUCCGUUUGAUCCAAUGGGUAACCUAGCCCCACCACUGUGUCUGGCAGAAACGGAUCGCACAUCACAUACGCAAUCGUAUAACGAAUGCAAUUCAUCAACAGAGAAAAACAUCAGCGAUAUCAAGGAUUCGCGCACCGGAGCUAAUAUUCCUAAUCCUUUGGACAGCUGGUUAACCGCAAUGCAACAGCAUAGUCCGGCAGCAGCAGCAGCUACAACAGGCCCUCCAUUGGUCGGUCCCUUGCCUUUUCCCAUUCCUGGAUUUCCAGUGCAACCCCCACAAAUCAUGAAUGCCCUAGCGGCCGCAUUCCGCUCAAAUAGAACAAAUCCAUCCACCUGGCCCGGAUCAAUUAAUCCUCCUGCACCAAACGUUCCCGGGUGUCCAAAUCUGCCAUCAAAUGGUUUAUCUUACACUACCGGCCCGAAUUCGAUCCCCGUGGGUCAACAACCUCCAACAUGGACAACUGGAAUGGCACCUACCGGUCAGGGUGUAUCUCCCUCUUUCGAUCAAAAUCAGCUUGGGCUAUGGCCUUCGUUGAGUCAAGGUUUGGUGGAAAGUUUCUUGAAGAAAAGUGAGUCAAUGGACGGACAAUCGAAGAGUCUAAUGGACUGUACGACUUCAACUGAUUCACUUUUGGCUUCCAGUAAAGCUUUGGCACAACAGCUUGGUGCAUUUAAUGCCAAUUUGAACUGUUCCACACUCCAGGCCAGUACACCCGUUCAAAAUGCCCAAGCCAUGCUGAAAACGCUAUCCGGACUGAACGUUCCCUUGGAUCCGUUUGAAUCCUGUCCAAGUUCGACUUAUGACCUUGAAAUGACCAGUAACAUGCGACAUCGACCACGUGAUUUGUCCGUGAAUCAAAAACCCAAGAAUUGUUCUUCACUUGGAUCACUAGGACCAAUGAAACGCAAAACCGAUUCAAGGCGUGGAGAUACACUGACUGCGCGGAAGGGUACGACGGAAUUCGGACAUGGAGGCUCAGCAGCUGGUCUUCUAGAUGAGCGGAACAAUAGCUUGUCCGGGUCCAACUUGUCUCGAAACAAGAAGAGGGUAUUAUGCACUACGUGUAAAAAAUCAUUCUGUGACAAAGGUGCCCUGAAAAUUCACUAUAGUGCUGUGCACCUGAAGGAGAUGCACAAGUGCACAAUCAAAGGUUGCAGUAUGUGGUUCAGUUCCCGACGCAGUCGAAAUCGUCAUUCGGCCAAUCCGAAUCCACGCCUUCAUAUGACCCAUGCAAGCAAAAAGUUGCCGGAAAAUGCCACCAUUGUGGACGAUGGAAGUGGUAAAGUCCUCGGGCGGCGUAAUCCACUACCGAACUCCGUGCUCAACCCACCGCUCCUUCCCACACACAACACUAUUCCUGGGUCAAACGCGACCACGACCACUGGCAACAGCCUAACACACAAUCCGAACUCGCAUCAUACACGUCAUGCAUUGCACGGAUGGGUGGGUAAAGUCGGUUCCCAAGCCAUGGAACGAUUUGCCCCGGGGUCUGCCUCCUUUCUCUACGACCCAGAGCCACAUCGAUCCAAGUCAGGAACCGCACACAAUUCCGACCUCUAUCCUGCCUUACCUCCAUCUUUGGACUCGCUCAGUCAAGCAUCCGAGGAGGAUGAGGAUUGCAUACCGCGAAAAUCACUGAAGGUAUCCGCGAACAAAUCAGCUACCGAACGGGAUACAUUCCACAGCUCGUCCAAACACAGCCAAUGGAGUGAAUCCGAAAUGGCCGAGAAUGCAUACUAUUCAGAUGGGAUGAGCGAACUGGACGAGGGUGUCCUCGUGCCCGAAGGGAUUGAGGAAGACAGUGAUGAUGACGAGGAGGAGGAACACGAAGAAGAUGCCGAUGCUUCGGGCAAUCAAGAUGGUGAUCAUAAUGACCGAACUCAUGGCUCUGCAAAUGAGGACGGACUGUUGCCACAGCAACCCGUGGACGAAUCAGAAUCCAUAUCCAUCAAAACACCUCCCGAUUCCGACUUGAACCCCAGUCCCAGACGAUCGUGCACCUCGAGUGGGCGUGGUACAAAAGAAGAUCGUUUCACCCCAUCCGUGGCUGGAGCCAGUUUUUUGGCUGCCAACUUAGCUCAAUCAUCAGAGAACGUGUGA